UUUCAGGUUGAUCAGUUUGUCACAGAGAGUGGUGCUAAAAUAGCAAUGGAUUUGGCCUUCUAACUGCGAAGAAUAUCGUCGUGUUUUUUGAUCUUUAUCAAAUUUCUAAAGUAUUUCCAUUGGCUUUUCAGCUGGAUAAUGUUCAGAAACUUAGUGAAUAGGAUGGUUAACAUACGAGAAAUUCAUGGUAUUUGUAAAAUUAUAUCGCGUGCAAUAAGUAAUGUAAAAUUGUUGAAUCCUUCGGCCGCUUUGUACCCUGAAAUAGGCGUAUGUUUGGACAACAAACCAAUAAGAAUGAAGCUAAAAAAAGGCGAGCAAUAUUCUUGGUGUUCAUGUGGUCUGUCCGGAAAACAGCCGUGGUGUGAUGGGAGUCAUCAUGCAGAAGGUGUAACAACAUUAAGACCCAUACAUUUCGAAGUUGAAAAAGAUGGAGAAUACAAUCUUUGCGGAUGCAAAGCAACAAAAAAUCGUCCGUUAUGUGACGGUGGCCAUGUUAAGGUACAAAAACGACGAUAUACGGAUACACCUCAAUAUUGUGCAUAUGUUGAAUCACCUGUUUAUGAAGGGGUAGCCAAUAAGCUCGGAUACAAACCAAAACAAGGGCGCUGGCACUUCUGAAUUUAGUAAAUUUAAAAAAAAGGAAUGAGUAUUGUUUAGUGCAUCCGUGUAAUUAGAUUGGACUUUUAAAUUUUCAACCUCAUUUCGACUGAACAUUAGAACAGAGAUCAAGAAGGAAGAAUAUAUAUGUAUAUGGUU